UGCGCCUUAAGGCCCCUUUGCCCAGUGUCGUGGAAGCUGCUCUCGGGCUGCUCCUGUGAGCCGGUGGCGGGGGUACGGUGGGCGUGAUUUCGGGGGUGAGAGAGGCACCAGAGGCAGUAGACUCUGGGCAAGGCUUGAUUGAGGGCAGAACCUGGAGCAAGACACAGCUUACCCAAGGCCAAGGCCAGAUGUGGUGGAACAUCCCCUGCCUGACGAGCUCGGUUCCGUUCUGGUUCCAUCCCCCAACUGGCUCCUUGACCUUGGAUAGUUCACUUUCGUUUCUGGGUCUUAAUUUCCUCAUAUAUAAAGUGAAGAGCUUGGGACCAUUGUCUCUCAAGGCUUCUCCGCCCCAAAACUUCUGUGACAGACCCUCUAUGGCUCCUUCUUGGGACUUCCCAGCUUAACGAAAACAAAACCUGAUUUGUGACUGUAGGUCUCCCCUCCUCCCCCAGCACACACAUACACACCCCUCAGUGAGGAACACGGGCUCCUGGGGGGCCUGGGCACUCAGUGUCUGAGGAAAUGGAGAUCUUUGCUCAGUGGGACUUUUAAGAUAUCUUCCUUGGCAGGGUCUUGCCACCCAGGUAAAAAAGAUGGAUAACUGGAAGGUCUGGUUAAAUGCAGAAUCAACAAAGGGAGCUAAGGAAACUGGGGAGUGGAUGACCAGUUAGUUGCAGGAACCUCAGGGCUGUGCUCACUUCCUAGCUCUGUCUCCACCCUGGUACCUGUCCCUCCCUUCCUUGUCCCUCUCAGGGAUAGUGCAGGGUUGAACAGGAUGGCAGUUUAGAACACCCCCUGGGUAACGGGUCAGCACCUGCCCUUGGCUAGUCUUGCCAACUCCCCUCCUGCCCUCUGCAGCCUCCAGGUUGCACGAGGAGCUGUAAGGUAAGAGCAGAGGCAGUCCUGAUUGGGCCCAUCCUGACCUCUGGUUUGUACCUCUCCCUCCUUGGCUGUCCUCUGACUCCACUUUUGCCAAGCCAGGGGCCUCCUUCCCUGCUCCAAGGAGCCUCCUGAAGAGCUCUUCCCUCACUGCAAGGUGCUGCCAGCUCCCUCUGAUGCCUUCUUUAGUCACUAUCUGUUUUUUCUCUGAGUUUACCUUUCCCACCAGCUGGUGAUACCCAGCAGGGAGGAUUGAACAGGGACUUAAGAUUUUAUUUCUAAUUUUAUAUUCUAGACAGCACAGGGCUUGGCACUAGAAGUUCUUAGGGAGUGUCUGUGGAGUAAAAAUAAUGAUAGCUAUAUUCCUUUUUGCCCUGUGCUGUUCUUGAUUCAUUUAGGUAUGAACUCUGUAAGCCUCACAACAACCUAGUUAUAUUAUCCCCAUUUAUGUGUGAAGAAACUGAGUCACUUGCUCCAGGUCGUACACGUGGGAAGUGGCAGGACCGUACAGGGUGCUUUUAUCCAUGACAGUCAAUAGCCUCCAGGUGAAUGAGUUCUUCUGACUGGAACUUUGUGGGAGGCGAACUGGGCCAACUAGGGUGCUGGGAUUUCUUCCCAAAGACAAUGCCCAGUUGUGGGAUUUUGCAGCUGACGAACCUUUCACACAAUCUGGAGGAGUGUCUGUGCAGCUCCAGCUUGUGUGGGUGGCCCCUCCUGCCUGGAGGAGGGAGAGUGGGUGCCUGAGCCCCACAGGCCUUUCUGACUCUAGUGCAGCUUCUCUGGGCUGCAGGCUCCUAGCUAUGAUGUCCUUGGGUUCCUUGUCUGGAAAAUGGAUCUAAGGAUUCUGUUUGUCUUGUGGGCCUAGGACAUGAUCAGAUGAGGCAGGAAAGGGCUUCAGUUAUUGCCAAGUGCAGGGCAGACAUCCUUGGGCUGUUGUUGCUUUCAUGCCUCCUGGGGGUACAAGGUAAGAGGAAGGAAGUAAAAGGCAGUAUGAUUGACUGGCACUCAGUGAUGUUUGGACUAGGUCAGGGUAAGAUGGUCCCUGCCCUCCCGCAGCUCAGCAUCUCAGAUACUGACUGGAGUUUGUUGCCAGAUUACACCUAGGAAAUGCAGUUUGCAGUCUCCCUCCACCUACUCUUCUUUAAGGCAGUUUAAGGAAGAGGCUCAGAGACAGCCAGACCUAAGUCCCACCUGAGGUUCAGGAGCAUAGGAAUGAUGGGCUUGGACUCUGGAGCUGGAUGGCCUGGUUCAUCUCUUGUCUCCACCGCUUCUAUCCAGCCCACCUUGGGCAGGUCAUGUCGCAUUUUGACCCUCAGUUUUCCUAACUGUGAAAUGGGAAAAACCUGUGAGGAAAGGGGCCUUAUGGCGAGCAGGAUACUGGAUGCCAUACUUGUAUUUCCUUCUGUUAUCCGCACAGUAGUUAUGGCAGAUAGACCUCACUGAACCCAUUUUACAGAUGAGGACAGCAAGGCUCAGGGAGUUAAGUACCUUGACAGUGUAUGUCCCAGAGCAUGUGAGGGCUGACUGAGGGUUCAAGUCUAGGUCCUUUGGUGCUAAAAUCAUUGCUCUUUUCUUAACAUUUUGCUGCUUUGUAUAAACAGGGCUCCCCAUGACGAAGAUACCUGCCCUGUGCUCAGUCAGGAAGGGGAAUCCCAGACGCCUGGGAGGGGGCCUGGUCAACUCUGAGUUCCCUGAGGGUCACUGGAUAUGUCUGAGCUGGAGGAGAUCCAAGACCAGAGGGAAGUUCUCAGCAGAGGCCUUGGAGGGUUUUAGCUUCUCCUCUCUCCCACUGAGAACGCUCCUCAGCAUGAGCAGCAAGACCAAAGUCCGUGGAAAGACUUUGGGUGGCCCUCCCUGGCCUGGUGGUGGCUCUGGCCUUGGAGAGCCAGAGGAGCCCAACCUGCCUGGGACAAGGCCUGAAGUUCUUUCUUGUGAUGUUGUUUUCUGAAGGCAAGCGAAGCUCAGCUGGCUGCUCCAGAAUGAAUCGCAGCUCCAAGAAGGGGAAGUAAAAGUCUUGCCAGCUCUGCCAUGGCCUGUGAACCACGGAUGGACCCCGGCGGGGCGGCCAGCCCCUUGCCCACCUCCUCCCCUGGCUGGAGCGCCCUGCCUGGGGGGAGCCCUCCUGGCUGGGGGCAAGAUGAAGCUUCUGGUCUGCUUUCAGAGCUUCGCAACGGCCAGGUCCUCACAGUUCUCCGGAUCGACAAUACCUGCGCACCCAUCUCCUUCGACCUGGGAGCCGCGGAAGAGCAACUGCAGACCUGGGGCAUUCAGGUCCCGGCUGACCAGUACAGGAGCCUGGCCGAGAGCGCCCUCUUGGAGCCCCAAGUGAGAAGAUACAUCAUCUACAACUCACGGCCCAUGCGGCUGGCCUUUGCUGUGGUGUUCUAUGUGGUGGUGUGGGCCAACAUCUACUCCACCAGCCAGAUGUUUGCCCUGGGGAACCACUGGGUGGGCGUGCUGCUCGUGACCCUGGCCGCGGUCAGCCUGACCCUGACCCUCGUGCUCAUCUUCGAGAGACACCAGAGGAAGGCCAACACCAACACGGACUUAAGGCUGGCGGCUGCCAAUGGAGCCCUCCUGAGGCACCGGGUGCUGCUGGGGGUGACGGACACAGUGGAAGGCUGCCAGAGUGUGAUUCAGCUCUGGUUUGUCUACUUCGACCUGGAGACCUGUGUGCAGUUUUUGUCCGAUCACAUUCGAGAAAUGAAGACAAGCCAAGAGUCCUUGCUGAGAAGCCGAUUGAGCCAGCUGUGUGUUGUCAUGGAGACCGGGGUGAGCCCCGUGGUGGCUGAGGGGCCGGAGAACCUGCUGGAGGAAGCGCCUCUCCUGCCCAGCAGCCCUCAUCCCACAGAGAGACCACUCAUGCAGACCGAGCUUCGCCAGCUCGUCCCUGAGGCCGAGCCCGAGGAAAUGGCCCAGCAGCUGCUGGCAGUGUUUGGCGGCUACUACAUCCGACUCCUGGUGACCUCCCAGCUCCCCCAGGCACUGGGGACACGACACACAGACUCUCCAAGGAUCCCAUGCCCCUGCCAGCUCAUAGAAGCCCACAUCCUGGGCACAGGGUGCUGCCCAUUCCUGACUAGGUGACCUAGGGUUGGAGGUACUGACCUUCCUUCAGGACUGAAGGUGAGAAGUCAGGGUGGCCUCCGGAGCCCACAGUGCCUGAUGGCAAGCCCUCGGUGGGGAGAGAAGCAUCUGGACCCACUCUGAAGGGCGUCAAUCGUGUCAGCAACGGGGAUGUGGUGCUCACUCGAGGAUCCUGCACAAAAAUGGCUGUUGACAUCCCAUGCUGCCCUCUGGCCUUUCCAGAAGCUGAUGUCCCACUUGAAGCUACUUUCUGUGCGGCUGAGAACUGUAGGCGUGGACGUAAGGGCCACACGCCCAUCCCUUUCAUUGUCUGGAGAGCCCAGGAAAUGUGAAGAUGAAUGGACUGGACCAAAUGCAUCCAAAGCUUGGCCUCAGGUGAUGCUCCCAUCCCCACCCCUUUCAUGUCAGACGGGGGAAGCUGAGGCUCAGGGAGGACACUGCUCUUCGUGGCAUUGCCUUGGGCCCCUUAAGUUAUAAAAUGCCUCUUCCCAAUCUGAAGAAAAGAAGCAAAUUCUCAGAACCUUCUCCAUUUUUGAGUGUUUCUUCCCCUACAUUUUAUGAAAAACAAUGGCACCUGGUCUGGUCUGCUAGCAUGCAGGCCUUCAGGAGACAGAGGAAAGAGAGAAAGAAAGAAAGAAAUCAGCACAUAAGUGCUAAUACGAGUAUUUGGAAAAGACUGAUCCUGUCUGAUUGGAGGACUUAUUUUGUGUGCAUGCUUUUGGGUGUGGUUUCAUACAGCGGACGUGGAACAGCUGUCCCGUUUCCCAACACUAACGUGGCCCUGGAAUGAAGCACAGUCUGUCGCUCGUGGGAUUCCAUGCAGAGCUCAGAGGCUUCCAGGUUCUGUGCUUCUGAACAAGUCUGAAGACCCAAUGUUCUUCUCGGCCCAAAGAUAAAGCCCUAGCCUGGCAUUUAAAGGCUUCCCAGUGCCUAAGACCUGGCCUUCAUCUGCAAUUUUGACUUCCUCUCCCACAAAAAUCUUUCAUAAGUUGAAACUCUUUCCUGGACUGACAUACGUAUUCCUUUGCAUCUGUUGGACUCCUAUGCAUGCUUUAAAAAUUUUUGAUAUAAAAUAUUAUAUAAGCUUCAGGUAUACAACAUAGUGAUUCACAAUUUUUAAAUGUUAUACUACAUUGAUAGUUAUUAUAAAAUAUUGGUUGUAUUCCCUGUGUUGUACUAUAUAUCUUUGUACCUUAUUUAUUUUAUACAUAGUAGUUUGUACCUCUUAAUCCCCACCCCUAUCUUGCCCCUCCUCCCCAUGCAUGCUUGGAAACCCAGCUUUACUCUCCUCUCCUUCAAGAAGCCUUUCAACAUAGCCAGACCUGCUAGUCUCUGCCUCCUUUAAAUUCUUGGUGUAGCUGCUGCCUUUAUGGAUAUUUUAUGUUAUUGAUUCUGUUUUCCUGUGCACAUGCCUAUUUUUCUAGCUAGGCCAUAAGCUCCUCAAGGACAAAGAUUGCACCUUGUACUUUUGUGCAUGACCUGGACCUGCUAAGGAAAAAAAAAAUGUCCUAUGGAUUGAAUGCUUUGUCAUCUCCAUAGUAGCUUUUGCAAAUUGCUGUCUGUAUUCAGUUGAAUGAUGAGGUUGGCACAGACCGGAGUUCUGGUCCUGAACUGCCACUUGUAGCUGUGUGACUUUUGGCUGGUCCUCAGUUUACACAUCUAUAUAAUGGAUAGAUUGGAUGAUUCUUAAUAGCCCUUCCAGAGCCAAAGUUCUGGGAAUUUCCAACCUUUUUUGUUUCAUUCUAGCCUUUGGCCUGUCUGUCUGUUACGCCUUUACAGGUUGAAAGGUGCAGUGGCCCAACACAGAUGAGGUACUCCAGACAUGAUACCCCUUUGGAUGGAACACCGGCCUGUAGCUAGCAGGAGACCUGGAUUCUCAUCCCAGAUCUGCUACUUCCUAACGGUGUGACCUUGUCUAGGGUAACCUCUCUGAAUGUCCGUUCACUCCUUCAUAAAUGAAUCUGGACAACAUGAAAUUAUGCAAGUGACUCGUCAUGUAGGAGAUGAGUCUGACUGGUCGCUUUCUCUGGGCCAGAGAAGAGAAAUAGUGUGCAUAGCCCCGCCCUGGGAAAUGGCUGUUUAAGGCAUUUCUCUUCAGCUGACUCUGCGGGCUGCCUUGCUCAGUGAGAAUUACUCAUGAAGGCGACCACUGUCUUUCUCACCUGCCACACAGGAAGUGUGGGCUGUGAACGUGACCAGUAGAAGCCCUAUAUUAACACCUGGGUAAGUGUAACAGCAGAGAAUGAAAUGUGUGUAUUUUGACAAAACAGCAGUUUUUCCACUUUAAGGCUUCCUUAAAGAGCCCUUGAUGUGUUCUUUCCUGUCUUUUCCUCUCGUUAGAGUGGAAACUCUGGUAUCUAGGGCACACAGGUGUGCCCACAAGGUACAUUUUGUUGCAUUCGAGCCUCAGUUUCUUCUUUUAGAAAAUUCUGUGAUCUCUGUCCUGCCUGCUUUCCAGGGUUACUGUGACGAUCAGACUCCACAAAGAAACAAACGCUCUGUUUUAGGUCCCUGUGUUGACGAUAGGCAUGGCUUUGGUGAAGAUGGUGCCGUGGCAUGAAGUGGGGGCGGAGGGCUUGGAUUCUAGAAUCACAGUGUAUUCAAAUCCAAGUUCUGUCACCGCAGAGCCACUUCCUUCCCAUCCUUGGGUCUCACUUCUCAAGUGUGAAGUGGGGAGAAAUGUACCUACCUUGCAGGUGAUUUUAAAGAUUAAGUGAUAUGGAAACUAUAAAGUGCUUUCAACUGUGAGUUACAAAUGAGUAAGAGCUCAAUAAAUCAUUGCUAUUAUUAUUAUUAA